AUGGGAACGUGCUCGGGGGGUCGGAACGGGAACGGGAAUGGGAAUGUGCUCGGCGGUCGGAACGGGAAUGUGAUCGCGCGUACGGGCCAGCGGGAACGCGCGCGGCGCUGCCGUGUGGCCACGCCCCUCGGGCCGGCCACGCCCCUCCUGGCCCCGCCCCCGCCGCUCCCGCUGAGGGACCCCGGGUCCCGAACCCUCGGGACCGGCACGGAGCGCUCCGGGCGCACCGGCCGUGCCCUCGGGACCGGCGAGGAGCGCUCCGAGCGCACCGGCCGUGCCCUCGGCACCGGCACGGAGCGCUCCGAGCGCACCGCCCGUGCCCUCGGGACCGGCGAGGAGCGCUCCGAGCGCGCCGCCCGUGCCCUCGGCACCGGCACGGAGCGCUCCGGGUCCCGAACCACCGGCCGGGAUCGAACCGGGAUCGGGAUCGGGAUUGGGCCUGGCCGGGUCCCGCCCCGGUCCGGGAUCGGGCCUGGCUGGGUCCAUCCCGGGAUCGGGAUCGGGAUCGGGCCUGGCUGGGUCCAUCCCGGGACCGGGACCGGGAUCGGGGCCGGGAUCCGAACGGGUCCCACGGCGGGGCCGCGGCUGCAGCGCCCCCACAGGCCGCGCCGCCCAUUGGCUCUGCCGUUGCCAUGGGAACACCCCUCGCCGCCCAUUGGCUCCGCCGCUGCCGUGGCGACAGACCCCGCCCCGCGCCCACGCGAGGCUUCGCGCUGCGGCGCCGCCAGCCGGAGGGAACGCGCGGGCCGCCUCACUUCCGGGGAAGGGCCGGAAGUGAAGCGCGCGCCGCGCCGGAAGCGCGCGCGGGGGCUGCCGGGAGCCGUAGUCCCGAGGGGCGGCCCGGCGGCGGCAGUCGCGGUGCGGAGGUCGGUGCCGGGCGGGCGGGGGUCGGGCCGCGACCCCCGGGGGCAGCCGGGCGGGGGGGGGGCGGGACGGCGGCGGGAGGAGGAGGGGGAGGAGCGGGGGGAUGGCGCGGAGCAGAGCGGGGCGAGGCGGGGAGGGCCGAGCGGGGCCGCGGCCUGCGCGGGCGGGGCGGCGCGGGCGGGGAUGCUCGGCGGCCCCGGGGAUGCUCGGCGGCCCCGGCGGCACCGGGGAUGCUCGGGAGGCCUCGGGGGCGCUCCGGGGCGCCGCUCCCCGCGGGCCCUGCGCCAGGGGCCGGCGGCAGAGCCCCAGCGGCGGCGCCGGGAGCGCGGCUGUCCCGCAGCUCCGUCGCCGCCCGGGAGGCUCCGCUCCGCUCCGCUCCGCUCCGCACGGAGCCGCUCUCCCGCAGCUCUGCCCGCCCCGGUGUCGCCGCCAGCCCCGUUUCCCCCCGUGGCCGCGGGAAUCGCGGGUGCCCAGCCCGGCCCCGGGGCUGCCCGUGAGCACCGGCUGCCGCAGCCGCCGCUGUGCCCCGGCCCGGGGAACCCCGGGAGAACCCAGGAGCACUGA